ACCGGUUGGAUGUAGACUUCUGGGGAUUGUCUCUGCGUUAAAGCAUUUUCCCUUCGGAAGAACAACUUGAUAACUGCAGGCGAGUUUUCUCAAAUUUCACAAGUUAAUGAAAGGUUCUUUUUCUUUUUGUAUCGUCUUCCGUAAUCCAGCGCUAUUGGCGUAGCGAAUUAAAGAAUAAUGCCGGCUAAUAUUAUGGGUAACUCGGUGAUGAUGGUGUCUUACGAGUGGGUACUGGAGAAUAUCGAAAAAGACCCCGAUACCAUUACGUCACAAAUGAUCCUGUUCCGCGGAGAGAAAAUAUUCAGAGUUUGCAUCAAAAAUCAAAAUAAGAAUCAACCUAUAGUACUAUUAUUGGUAGUUAACCUGAAUACUAUUGGAUUGAAAGUAAAGGAAGUAAGAUAUGGUAAACAAGACUCGGAAACCCGUCAGAAAAUGAGAGAAAAAGAAGUGUGGAACAAGGUGAAAAAUGGCAAGAGUUUGCAGUUUUUUACGGCUGAUCUUACAGAAAUGGUUGUUGGGAAGUGCACGUUUGUCUUCUCAAUUUGGGUCGAAGGUAGCGUCUCUUCCUGUUCUUACCAGUUGUCUGAUCGACUUGUUAAACAUCAGCUGUGGAAUGCCUCCCUCAAAAGUCAAUAUUGGGCCAACGUUGAAAUUGUGUGUCAGGAUAAGACAUUUGCUGCCCACAAAGCAAUUCUGGCUGCUCGUAGUCAAGUAUUGGCAGAAGAAUUCGCUAGUCAACAGCCAGAAAGAGAUGGCCCUCAUCAAAUCCACAUUGAAGAUGUGGAUCCUGCCAUCGUGGAAGAAUUUCUUUACUUUCUCUACACUGGUGAAUCGAAAACGCCUUUUCUGGCCAAAGAGCAGCUACUGAAAUUGGCUGAACGUUAUCAAUUAACUACUCUAGUUAACUUGUGCCGGUCUGCACUGAGGAAAAUCGAUGCACAACAAAUAAUGAGUUGCAUAGCUAGUCUCAAUCCAGAAGCUACUGCAUUGCAUUCGGAAUGUAGUAAAUCAUCGCCUUGUGUCCUGAUUACAUGGCCAGAUAAAGAGACUGAAGUAUUUUAUGAUCCUAAUGCGUCUACAUUUCAGUGCUGCUGGGAAUUUGGAAUUAAUUCAACAGCCCUUUCGCCAAACGUUGUUAUUGAAUAUCAAUACAGCAAACUGUUUUCCCCAUAUCUCACCGGAAAAAUGUUGUACACCAAUAGCAUAGAAAAGCCUUGGAUUCAUCUCAUUUGCAUGGAUCACGGAAGCCUUGGCUUCGAGGUAAACGAAGUGCUUUAUUCGACCGAUUUCAGGAAAUGGAUAAAAAUGAAACCAAAAAAAGAGGACAAGGUGGAACUAUUCCUUUUCAUGGCCCAAACUGUUGACUCGUUCUACGAGCGACAGAAUAUCAGUUUCUGUAUUAAACUGAGGAACACUAUCGAAAAUUAUCAUUACGAAAUUAUGGAUACGUUGUGGAUCACAGAACUUUGGCAGGCCGCCGUCGAGCGGCAUUUCACUGAUGUUGACGUAUUCAUCGGCAACGACAAAGUGAUGGAAGCACACAAGGUUGUACUGGCAACUAGAAGUCCAGUAAUGAACACCCUGCUGAGUAAAACAAGUGGAACUGAAAAACCGAAUGUCACGUUCGAUUCGUCUAUCGAUCCCACUGUUUUGGAACACUUUUUGAGAUUCAUUUACACCGGUUGUUUGGGAAUAUCCGCCACCAAUAAACAACUAUUGAAACUUUCCAAAAUGUAUCAAGUGGAAACUUUAAGCAAGGUUGGUGAGCUUGCCGUCAGGCAAUCUCCUGCCGAUGUUGAUCAUACUAAAAUGCAAAAUUGA